AUGAGUGGCGGUCUUGCUCCCAGUAAAAGUACUGUCUAUGUAUCUAAUUUCCCAUUCUCACUCACCAACAAUGAUCUUCACAGGAUAUUUUCAAAGUAUGGACAAGUAGUAAAAGUCACCAUUUUGAAAGAAAAAGAAACCCGAAGAAGUAAAGGAGUUGCAUUUGUUUUAUUUUUAGAUAAGGAAAGUGCACAAAACUGUGCUAGGGCAUUAAACAAUAAACAGCUUUUUGGCAGAGUACUGAAAGCAAGCAUUGCAAUAGACAAUGGCAGAGCAGCAGAGUUCAUCCGGAGGCGAAAUUACACUGACAAGUCCAGGUGUUAUGAAUGUGGGGAUACAGGUCACUUGAGCUAUGCUUGCCCCAAAAAUAUGCUAGGUGAUCGUGAGCCUCCACAGAAGAAGGAAAAGAAGAAGAGGAAGAAAGUGGUUGAAGUAGAAGAACUGUAUGUACCUGAAGAGGAUCAGAGUGAGGAUGAAGGUGAAGAUCCAGCUCUUGACAGCCUUAGUCAAGCGAUAGCUUUCCAGCAAGCAAAAAUAGAAGAAGAAUCAACCAAAUACAGACAGACCACAGGGGAUGCCUCUACAUCUGAAGAUUCAAGAAAACCAAGAAUAAAAAAGAGUGCAUACUUCAGUGAUGAAGAAGAACUGAGUGACUGA